AUGAGAGUCAGUGUUUUAAAAUAUGUUAUUUUUUCAAUUGUUAUUUGUUCUUUUGAAUAUGCCAAAAAUGAAUUAUACUUUGUAAACGAUAAAGGGAUAUACCUUGAAGGGAAUGUAAUAAACUUUAGAAAUAAUAGGAUAUUAGAAGAAGCGGACAAUCAAAUUGAUUUAAAUGAAUUUUAUCAAUCAACUUUGAGUCUUGCAAAUCAAUUUAAUGGUUGUAAUGAUGGUAAAAAGGAAAUAGAACACCUUCAAAAUAUUAUAAAUUCACAUAUAAAGAAGCAUAAAGAAAAUAAUACAUUACCCAAUUUAAAUAAUUUAGAUAAGAAAACUAAAAAGCUAAUUGAUGACCUUCGAACAGAAUUAGAAGAAGUAAAAAGAGAGAUUGAUAAUAAAAGGAAUGGUGAAUUAGCAAUACAUUCGAUAGAUGAUAAAAUAAUAAUAAAAAAAGAUGAAAAUGGUUCUGUAUCAGAACAUGAAGACUUUAAACAAUUGAGAAAUUCUGAAAAUAUUUUGGAAAUUGAUGAAGAUAUUUUUGAUAAUGAAUAUUGUGAAAUUAAAUCAAGUGAAAAUUAUAGGAAAUUCCAAAUUAAUAAAAAUAUUAAAAAAAAUGAAAAAUUAAUUAAGAAGUUGAUGAUUUUGUCUGUUACAAUUUUGUCUGUGGCAAUAGCAUCAGGAACAGUGAGCUUACUAUUGCUACUUGCACCGUUGGGGGGGUUAAUAUUUAGGAACUGGCGGAGAAUCAGGAAAUAUAGAUUUAGAUUAUGA